CGCCCGGAAGGAAAAUUUGAAGUGUUUUGAGAGCUAUUCCUUAAAUAUUGAUCAUGUAGUGGGCUCGUUUUAAAGCUUUGCCUUUAUCGGAUCUCUUCAUGACUGUUUAGUAAAGACGCAGAGUUUAUUCGAUGGACUCCAAGCGGCUCUCAGCACAUGCGAGUAACGCCAGCACAGAUUUCACCCAAAGCGUUGAGGACGACCCAUUGAUCGAUGGGCCACUUAUAUCUCAGGAUGCGCUGCAGUCGGCCAUCAAAAGAGAGUUCCAAGGCCUGCCCACUAACUGGAUAGCGGGAAUACUGACAGUAGUACAUGUAGCAUAUGUGAGUGUGUGCGUGGUCCUGGCGGUCCUGUGCUGGCUGACGGACGAUCACUCUAAGGAGUGCAAAGCAGCGUUGAAUGGAGUGGACACUCAGACCGUGGUGCUGCUUGGCAAGGUGGGCAUGUGGCUGCUGAUGUUUAUGUUUGAGCGAUGUGUACAACACCACCACAGUGCAGUAAGGAGGAGAGGAUACCUGCAGUUCUACAGGACCACCAGAAACCUCAAACGCCUUCCGCUGCUCAUACACUCUGCAGGCAAUGCAGCAGUAUUGGUGGUCAUCGCACCCUCCUCUUUGCUGGAUGAAAAAGUGAAAAAUCUUUCUGUGUAUCUGCUGCUGGUCAUCAUCUGUGUGGAACUGCUGGUGACGCUCAUAUGCCUGCUUGUAUAUACAGUACAUGUGAGCAGGUUUAACGCACAACGUCCAGGUCCAGAUAUCAGUGAAGAGGAGAGAUCUCACGCCUACUCCACCAAUGCCAGUGAUAUGCACACAGAGACUGGCUUCAGAGAUGGCUCCUGUCUUGACGAGGUGGUGGAGAAACAGGCCGAUCUUAUUGAGUAUCUGAAGCAGCACAACACGCUCCUGAGCAAAAGAAUCCUCGCCCUGACCUCCCAGCAGAUCAGAGACUGAGAAAAGGAGGAAGAAAGUGAGCCCUGUCCUGCGUUUAAGUGUGUUUUUAAGUGAAAGUUUGUGGGCGUGUUUGUGAUCAUACGUUGACUGAUGGUGGUGGACACAGUUGACUGAUCUGAGGGCUUUUAAUGGGAAAAGAACCUCCGCAAGCUCUCCUUAAUGCUUUUGUGUUCCCGUAGCAACAAGCUUGUGAGGGGAAAAGACUCUCGUAAACAUUCAUACAAACUCAUGUUGACAUUGUACUGUUAUGCAAGUUCCAAGGGUCCUGAAACCAAGUUACUGCUCAGGUGAAAUGCUUUGCCAUAAAUUGUUCAAGGGUGGAGAAAUGGGAGAACUUUGGGGAAACUUGAUUUGAGUCUUGUAAUUUUUUUCAUUUUUUGGGUUUCUUUGUCACUGAGCAGAGAUGUGAGCAUGUCUUCACUGUGUUUCCAGUUUGUUUCGUGGCUCUGCAGUGCACUGAACAAAAUCAAACUCACGUUUUUUUUUCUCCAUUGUCUUUGUACAUGUAUUCAAGUCUGACUGUGCCAGAUUCUUUAUGUUGUCAUUUUUCUUCUAAUAUUUAAUGCAAAGUUUUGUAUCUGUGUCUUUCGGCAUAAUAAAAUCUGAUUUCUUUAA